UAUUAGCAGCCAUUAAAGUGUUCCCAGUUGUCCCAUAAUAUCAUAGCAUCAUUAGCAGCAUUUAUAGCGACCUAAAUACAGUCCACUUUCGAUGUAAUACGUAAACCGUACAUUUUCGAGCCGGAUUACCGUAUAAAAAGUGUGCCGCGUCGCGAGUGUAAAGUGUGACGUGGAACCGGAAAUCCACGUGUCCCUUCUUCCCCCGUGAUAUUUAUUCAGCAUAUGAUCUUAUAACUAGCAUACUAGCAACAAGCAAGCAGCAUAUAAUUCAACAGCAGCCAAAAUUAGCAUUUUUACGAGACAAAAUCCAGCAUUUUCAAGCUAUAAAAGAGCUUGCGUCAGCUCCACGUGUCGCCACGUAUAUCGCCCCGAGCAAAGUACAGCCAUCCAGCAGCAAAACCCCUACCAGAAUAUCUAGCAGCAGCAUUCGAGCGGGAUAGAAAUUAACAGAAUAGCAGAAUUAGCAAUUAUCUAUCAGCGACCAGCAUACAGCAAGUAGCAAUCAGCAAUCAUCAUUCAGCGACCAGCGUAUAGCAAGUAGCAAUCAGCAUCCGUGAACUGCAAAAGGCAUCUAGCAACUAGCAUCUAGCAACCAGCAAUUAGCAUCUAGCAUCUAGCACCUGGCAUCUAGCAUCUAGCAUCAAGCAUCUAGCAAUCAACAAUAAGCGACCAGCAACUAGCAUUUAGUAUCAGGCAUCUAGCAUCCAGCAAUCACCAUCUAGCAAUCAGCAUUAAGCGACCAGCAAUUGGCAUCGAGCAUUCAGCAAUCAGCAUCUAGCAAUCAGCAACUAUCAAUUAGCAACAGACAAGCAGCGACCGAAAAUUAGCAUCUAGCAAUCAGCAAGCAGCAAAUAGCCAUCAGCAAUUAGCAACAAGGAAUCAACAACCAGCGAGACGUAAGCCAGCUGCUUACGUCACCAGCACGUGCCGCCACGCGUCAACCGCCACGUCAGCCAGCAGCAGCAAGCAACCUAAGGUAUCCGGGGACGUAGCCACGUCGACCGUAUCCGAGACAGCCAAGUAAGAAUUUUCCAUUUUAUUUUUUAUUUCUACCGUUUGAUUAUUUUAUAUUAAAAUGGAAGCUUUAUAUACGGUCCAACUAGAGAUCAAGGACAAAAUAAAGAGGUUAUUAGCGAAUUUUAAAAAAGAUAGUGCAGAGCGUAAGAGUAUCGACUAUUGCAGACAGCGUUUAGAUAUAUUAGAAUCUUUAUGGGAUGAAUGCCAGAAAAAUCAUGAAAAGCUUUUAAAAUAUGAAUCGACACAGCAUCAAUAUUUUAUGCGGGAAGAAUUUAUUAACAUUCACGACAUUUAUAUUAGAACAAAGGAAGCAAUCAGUGAAGCAUAUGAUAAUUUUUUAUUACAAAAGCAAGCCCAUCUAGAGCCGAAAGCGGGAGGAUCCGCUUUAGAAGCGCAAGCGACGCCUAAGUCUACAACAUUUCAAUCACGGGGGACCAACAGCAAAUUAGAUGACUUAUCACGGAAGCAGGAAGUCAAUUUUAAAGCAUUCAUCAGAGCAGUGAGCAAUAUUGAUGUGAAUAAUUUGGAGGAGAAGUGGGAAUAUGAAGACUCUCUUCGUAUUCUCCACAAUCGAUGGACAGCGGUGGAAAAUCUACAUUGGGAGAUAGUUGGUGAACUUGGAGAGGAAGAUGAAGCGUACGAAAUUAAUUUUACUAAGCAUGAAAAAAUAUAUAUCAAUACAAAGAGAGCUAUAAAUUCGAAAAUGUGUGCAACAAGUCAUAGAGAUAAAUCAACUCCGCAGAUGGAUAUACCGACAUUUUCUGGCAAUUAUCAUCAGUGGGUAUCAUUCAAAGACCUUUUUAAUGAAACUAUACAUAAAAAUACAUCAAUAUCGAACGCGCAAAAAAUGCAAUUUUUGAAAGCUAAAGUAAGCGGGGAAGCCGAGCGCCUUAUACAGCAUUUGCCUAUCAGCUCCGACAAUUAUUUAGUUUGUUGGAACAUCCUAAAUCAUCGAUUUAAUAACAAGAAGCUAAUUUUUACAUCGCACGUUAACAUAUUUCUCAAUUUACCCAAUAUACAACAGCAAUCAUAUAUAGCAAUCAAGAAAUUACAUGACGUCACAUUAGAAAGCUUACACGCUAUAAAGAACCUAGGCGUAGAUAUAACUACUUGGGAUCCGCUAUUGGUACAUUUAUUAUCACAAAAAUUAGACAGCGAAACUUAUUCUGAAUACGUAGAAUCAUUAAAAAGUACUCGAGAGCUCCCUAUACUACAAGAAUUUUUGGAUUUCCUUGAGAACAAAUUUACAUCGCUUGAAUCAUCACGAAGAAACCAAAAUUCAGCAUCAGAACAAAGAUAUUACAGAACAUCAAACCAAUUAUUAGCAACGAACAGACAACCUAUACAUAUUAAUUCUAAUAGAAUUAAUAUUAAUAGCCAAGUAAAGAGGUCACUGACGUCAAUGCACACCUCAGCGAAAAAAUGCCCCUUAUGCAAUUUCGAACACGCGCUCACUAACUGUCCACAAUUUAUUAAAUUACCUUUUAUGAAUAAACUUCAAACGGUUAAGCAAUUACGUUUCUGCAUUAAUUGCAUUUUUGAUCACAAUGGGAAUCAAUGUACUUCGAAUAAACGGUGUCAUGUGUGUGCAGGCCCACAUCACACGUUAUUACACGAAUGUUUUAAGCAGCAAGCUAGCGAGAAUUUUAGAAAUAAAAAAUUGAUGAGUAGCAACACCCAAAGACAGGUGUAUUACAGCCCCAAAAAUCAAGCGAAUACGUCUCAACAAGAUGAUUCUGAAGUACUUUUAGCCACCGCAUUGGUAAAGGUAACAGCUGAAGAUGGCAAACAGCACAUAAUGCGAGCACUGAUCGACCAAGGGUCUCAAAUUAGCAUCAUAACCGAACGAGCAGCACAGCAACUGGGCUUAAAACGCCAACAAAGCAAAGGGAUCGUCCUUGGUGUAGGGGGCCAAGAAAACAACUGUCGUGGAAAACUCAAGAUUAAUUGCCAAUCUAUAUAUAACAAUUUUACCUUCAACGUCGAUACAUUCAUCAUGACUAAUCUUAUAAAAAAUCUACCUAAUAGAUCGUUUGAAAAACCCGGCUGGUCGAAAUGUAUAGCGCACUUAAACUUAGCAGAUCCAGAAUUUAACAAAAGCCGAGCAGUAGAUAUUUUAUUUGGAGCAGAUAUUUAUUCAUACAUUAUGUUAGAUGGGAUCAUUCGAGGCCGCGAAAUCUCACAACCACUAGCACAGCAGACGCAAUUGGGUUGGUUAUUAUGUGGAGGCAGCAUAAAUACCUUCCAUUGCAACGUUAUUUUGAAUCACAUACAAGAGAUUCAAGAUUUUUGGAAAAUAGAGGAUAUACAGGAGCAAAAUGAUAUGUCAGCGAAAGAUAAGCAAUGUUUAGAUUAUUACUUAGCAACUACAAAGCGAUUAAAAAACGGGCGUUAUGAAGUAAGCAUACCUAUGGAGGAUCAAGCGUUACAAAAAUUGGGAUCGUCUGAAAAACUUGCAUUAGCACAAUUUAUGAAUUUAGAAAAUAAACUUAAUAAGCAGCAUGAAUUAUCAGAGCAAUACAAGCAAUUUAUGAGCGAAUAUAUACAACUGGGACACAUGAAAAUAGCAGCAUUAAAUUCAAGCGUACAAUGUUUUUUACCACAUCAUGGGGUACAGCGAGCAGCAUCCAGCACCACUAAACUACGAGUCGUAUUUAAUGGAUCAGCUAAAACCACGACAGGCUACAGCUUAAACGACCUUAUGCACAAGGGACCCAAUAUGCAAAAGGAUUUACAAAGUAUCAUUAUCAAUUGGAGACUAUACCGUUACGCCUAUACAUCUGAUAUUGAAAAAAUGUAUCGACAAAUAUUAGUAAAAGAAGAAGACCAAAAACUUCAACAGAUAUGGUGGAGAUCAAGCCCGGACCAGCCUAUAAAAGCAUAUCAAUUAACAACUAUCACUUACGGAACGAAAGCAGCACCUUUCUUAGCAAUUAUGACGUUGAAUCAGCUAGCACAAGAUGAGCAAAAUAAUUUCCCAAAAGCAGCAAAAAGCAUUAAAGAAGAGUUUUAUAUGGAUGACUACAUCUCGGGAGCACACACAAUUAGCGAAGGUCAGCAAAAAAUAGCGGAGGUGAAUCAUGUACUUAGCGGAGCAGGGUUCCUUUUGAGAAAAUGGAUUGCAAACGAUAAGAGCCUUAUUGAAAACAUUAUCAGCGAAGAACGAGACGAGCAAUCAACAUUUAUGUUUAAAACGGAAAACACGCCGAAAACCUUAGGCCUACGAUGGGACCCGAUUAGUGACGUAUUUGUAUUUGACUAUGAUAGCGUAAUAAAUGAAUACUCAGCAAAGUUAACGAAAAGAGAAUUAUUAUCGGAAAUGUCUAAGCUAUUUGACCCAUUAGGAUGGUUGACGCCACUUACAACAAAAAUUAAGAUUUUAUUUCAAAAAGUAUGGUUACAAGCAGAUCUUGAAUGGCGUGAUCCAGUCUCCCAAGAUAUAAAAAGCGAAUGGAUAAAAAUAAAAAAGGAGCUAAAUACGUUAAAAUGUAUUAAAAUUCCCAGAUGGUAUAAAUGUGAGGAGAAUAGCACAAUUGAAUUACAUGGGUUCUGCGAUGCCUCAAUAAAAGCCUAUGCAUGCGUCGUAUAUGCCAGAGUCGUAAAAAAUAGCUCAAUCUCAACUAUAAUAAUAGCAGCAAAAUCCAGAUUAGUACCGAAUAAAAAAGAAGUAUCGUUACCUAGAUUAGAAUUAUGUGCCAUGGAGUUAUUAACAAAGUUAAUGAAUAAAAUAAAAAAUAGCAUCAGCAGCACAAAAGUUGAAAUUUAUGGUUGGAGCGAUUCAAUGGUAGCCCUUGGUUGGAUCAACGGAAACCCCGACCGUUGGAAGCCCUUUGUAGCAAAUCGGGUAAAGAAAAUUCACGAAACAAUGCAACCUCAAUCAUGGCGCUAUGUAAAAACGAAGGAAAAUCCAGCUGACGCAGCGAGUCGAGGUCAAACAGCAUUACAAUUAAAAGAAAACUUAUUAUGGUGGCGAUGGUUAUUAAGUUCAGAUUUUAAAAAUAAGCAGCAGCACACUAAUUAUACGACAAAUUUAGAAAUAAGAAAACAAGUUAAUAUUAUUCAAAAAGAAUACACAUCAAGCAUAAUAGAUCAUUUAUUAUACAAAUAUAGUUCAUUAUUAAAAUUAGUACGAGUAUUAGCAUGGAUAUUACGAGCGAUUACACCGUCAUUAAAACAAAGGCCGACGUAUCUCACAUUACAAGACGUGAGAAAAGCUAAAACAGCAAUUAUUAAAUAUGUUCAAUCGACUGAAUUCUCAGCUGAUUUAGAGCAAUUAAAAAAGGACAAUAAAUUACGAUCUAAUAGUGCAUUAUUAAGCUUAAAUCCAUUUUUAGAUGAAAAUGGUAUUUUAAGAGUUGGAGGACGUUUAAAAAAUUCAAACAUCAGCGAAGAUAUGAAACAUCCAAUAAUUAUUCCAUAUAGCGGGCGUUUAACGGAACUACUUAUAAAUGAAGCACACGAACUUUCUUUUCACGGUGGAGCAAAAAUUACUAUUUCAAUUUUAAGGCAAAAGUACUGGAUAAUCAAAGGAUAUCGAGCAACAAAAAAGACACUUCGGACCUGUAUCACAUGUAAGAAGCGAGAACCUACAAAAUUACAUCAACUAAUGGGAGAUAUGCCUAGCUAUCGUGUCAAUCCAGCUCCUCCGUUUUAUCAUACAGGAGUUGAUUUUACGGGAUUCGUCAACGUCAAGAUUAAUAAAGGUCGAGGAGUAAAAACCACAAAAGGUUACAUAGCGUUAUUCAUAUGCAUGGUUACGAAAGCAGUACAUAUAGAGAUAGUUUCCGACCUCAGCAGCACAACUUUCAUAGCGGCUCUGCGACGCAUGGCAGCACGACGCGGAACCCCAAAGCAUAUAUAUUCAGAUAAUGGCACGAACUUUGUCGGUGCAAAUAAAAUUAUACAACAAGAAUAUAAUGAAUUAAUAAGCAAUUUUAGCGAUAGUUUUUACAAAGAAAUCACUGAAAUGGAGAUAGAAUGGCACUGGAAUUGUCCAUCGUGGCCUAGCGCAGGAGGAAUUUGGGAAAGAUCGAUAAGAAGCCUAAAACAGCAUAUAAAAAGAGUAGUGGGAGAGCAAGCUUUAACCUUUGAAGAAUACAGCACAAUCCUUGCACAGAUAGAAGGAUGCCUUAAUUCAAGGCCUUUAUGUUCAAUUACGGAAGAUGUAGAAGAUUUAGAUUUCUUAACACCUUCACAUUUUUUAAAUCAGCGAGCGGAGAAUACUCUAAUAGAAACAGCACAUGAUGCCAGGACUAGAUGGUACUUAGUAAAUAAAACUUUUAAUGAUAUUUGGAAACGUUGGAAAAAUGAAUAUCUCAGCCAGUUGACCGUUCGAAGCAAAUGGUUAGAACCUCAAAGGAACCUUAAAAUAGGGGAUUUAGUGACCAUUCACGAUGAUAUUAUGCCAGCCGGGAAGUGGCCAGUGGGCCGAGUAGUAGAAACCCAUCCAGGAAGCGACGGGUUGCAACUUGAAAACAAGCUAUAUCUGAAACCGGACAUAUUAGAAACCAAAUUAAAUCCCAUCCACAAUCUGAUUAACUCUGCUCUGCCUAUCACAAACUACUCUGACAACGAAGAAAUCAAUACAUCAUUAAAAUCUCUUGGGGAGAAAAUAAGAAUUAUGAAAAACGCUGUCGAUGAAACGGAUACCUUAGGUAUUUCGCAACACGACCUACACCAAUAUGCCGUAUCAUAUGGAACACUAGCAUUAACAAUAUUAGCAAGCAUCUUUUUCUUCGUGUGGUGGCGAAGGAGUCGAGCGACUCCACAGCAGAGCUUCCCAGGAGCCCAACAGCAGAGCGUCCCAGCAGCGCAACAAACUAUUCAGUCCCGGACCAUACCCCAAGAGUGUGUCGAUUCUAGUGUGUGCGUGCAUCAAAAAAGUGUUACUAGUGUUCGUGCGUCUCCCUUACCCGAGCGGGGAGAGUGUACCAGUGAAGUAGCGUCAUGUGAACAAAACAGACUCAGACGAUGGGCAAGUGCGCGUUUUAAAAGGAGCGAUAGGUCGACAUCGCCAAUAGCUAACAAACGCUCUGCUAUAAUAAGUGACUCGGUGGUGGAAAUAUAA